CGACAGAUUAUUGUGGUAUUUCCCACACGUGGUUGUGAGCAUUUGAGUUGCGACUUAUUUAGUGGCUAGGAAUUAAUUUCCAAAUAAAACUUCUAAAAUUAAUAGCUUGACAUGGCUACUCUCUUUGAUGAGGCAAGCUCGGAUGAAGAGGGGAAUUUGAAAAUCAAUUCAAACUACGCCGAAAAAUACAACCAUUGGCGCGAGAAAGAAGAAUAUCAAAAAUUGAAAGAUAAAUAUGGAGAAAAUAGCGCCAUGAAAAUGUUGGUUACAGGAGAUGGAGACAGUUCAAGUACUUCAGAAACUGAAGAUGAGGAUGGAGAAGCCUGGGAUUCAGAAGUGGAGAAGCAGUUUUUUCAGACUUUGGCGUCACUGAAGAAGAAAGAUCCCAGCAUUUAUAAUGCAGAAAAAAAGUUCUUUGACAAAACUGCUCAAUCUGCACUUCCAAAGAAGUCAACAAAAGAAGAAGCUUUCACUCUCAGGGAUUAUGAAAGAAAAAUCAUGGUUGAAAAAGGUGGAAAAAUGAGUGAUGACGAGGAUGCUCCUCCACCUCCACGAACUUUCCAACAGGAGCAAGAGGAACUGAAAAUAGGCUUCAAGGCUGCCCUACAAGAUUCUGAUUCGGAGAGUGAGGACCUUCUCACAGUUCGCCCCAAAAGUGAAAUCCAAAAGGAAAAAGAAGAAGAAGAAUACAAAGAAUGGCUGAAAGGUAGAAAAGAAGAUAUCACCAAUGAAGAGACAAAGAAACAACUGGAGCCUCUUAAAGAAUAUUGGUCCAACCCCAAGUUGGAUGAAAACGAAGCAUUUUUAAAAGAUUUUUUUCUCAACAAAAGGUACAAGUGUUCAGAAGACAAGAACUACAUUCCUACAUACGAGGAAGUUGUUCACGAAUCAGAAGCCGAUCUGAGCGAAGACGAAAAGACUUUAGAGCAACAGAUGGAAUUCGAGCACAAGUAUAAUUUCCGAUUUGAAGAACCUGACCCCGAGUUUAUCAAAAGAUAUCCCCGAACUAUUGCCGAUUCAAUGAGAAAACCUGACACAAGCCGAAAAGCUAAGAGAGAUGAAGUGAAGGAUCGCAAAAAACGCGAAAAAGAAGAAAAAAAGGAAGAUCUCAAAAUGCUAAAAAAGUACAAACUGAAAGAAAUCCAAGAGAAGCUUGAACAGCUUAAGAAUAUCACUGGCAAUGCAUCACUUCCUUUUCAAGACGACGAUCUCGAAGGUGACUUUGAUCCUGAUCAAUACGAUAGGAAAAUGGGCGAGAUUUUUAAUCAAGAUUAUUACCAUGUCGACAAUGAAAAUCAAAAGCCAGAAUUUCCUUACGACCCUGAAAUCGAUGAUGAAAAUUGGGAUGACUAUAAAGGUCAAGAAGCAGGCCCUGCUACCAGCAAUGAUCAUUACAACGAUAACGACGAUGACGGGCCACACUGCGAGGAUCCAGAUUUUAAUAUGGACUGCGAUUAUGAGGAGGCUAGAGAAGAAUCUAAAAAGGAAAUGAUCGACAUGACGCGACGUAACAGAGGUCGGAAAAAAUCAAUUUUCGCCCAAAAGCUGGAAACGAAGAAACCAGUGUUUGAUCCUGAACAGCACCCAAACUAUGAAGAAUAUUUAGAAGAAUAUUACAAAUUGGACUACGAGGAUAUAAUCGGUGACCAACCUGUUCGAUUCAAAUACAGGACAGUUGUCGAAAAUGAUUUUGGUUUGGAUGUAGAAGAGAUCCUCGUUGCAAGGGAAAAGGAACUUAAUCAGUGGUGUUCAGUGAAAAAAAUGUCACAGUACAGGACUGAAAGAGAAGAAAUGAACGACUAUUAUACAUACAUCACGAAAAAGAAAAACGUUUCUUUGAAGAAGCGGGUUCUACCUUCGGUUUUCGCUGAAAAUUCAGAGUCGUUAAUGGUAGCCGAUCAAGAAAAAGAUCGAAAGAAGCGGAGAAGGAAUCAAGGCAAAGACGAAGAUCCUGAACCCCAACCCAUUCCAAAUCCUGACAUUGAUCAUCAAGAAAUCCAAGAGGAAACAGUGCCAAAGAAAAAGAAGAGGAAAAACAAGGGAAAAGAUGACCCGUUUACCCAAGUGAAUGAUUUUUCUCAGAUAAAUGAACCAAAUCAUUCCGAGAAACCAAAUGAAGUCGCACACAAGAGGAGGAGAGACAAUACCGACGAUGCUGGAAAUGUUUUAGUGGCUUCAGAACAUGAACAGCCCAAAGCAAAGAAGUUAAAAGCUGUAAAACCUCAACUGGAAAAUGAAAUUCCUGAAGUUACCGAACUGGUCAAAGGCAACGAGAAUCCUGAAAAAAAGAAGAAGAAAAAGAAGAAGAAGAACUUGUCGGAAAUGGUGGUAGCUACGGUUUCGAAUCCCCCUGUCAUCCCUGAGAAAGCAGUUUCACCAAGCAAGGAUUUUAAAAUGGAAAUCGAUUCUACUGGAAAGAAGAGUGAGGCCACUUGCACGGAAAACGCUCCCAAAAAGAAAAAAAAGAAGAAACAAGCUAAGAAAUUGAAGGCACAAGAGGAGGAUCAGAAGGCCGGAUCGUCUUCUGUUAAUGAAGGAAAGAAAAAAAACAAAAAGAAGAAGAAAAACAAAAACGCAACUGAAACAACAGCUAAUAAGAAAUCGGCCACCAUUCGUGGUUUUGACAUAACUGACGAUCGCCUCAAAGCGUACGGCAUCCGAAACCCCAAGAAAUUCAAGAAUGCCAUUAUAUUCGGAAAUUUGAAAAAAUCAAAAGACUAGACAACUUGGGUGGGAGUCAAUGUGUAAUCGUAAUUGGUUUGAUUGAGUGCAUAUUUCGAACGUUCUAUCAAUAAAAAGACUCGUGUUCCAAUUUUUU